CCCGCUGCCUGAACAAAAACUAAGCCUGUAAAUGUCACUCCCAGCCACGGCGCUUCUGCCCUUCAAUGCCGGACUUGUUCUUCACAUGCUGGUUUAGAGUUUCAGUGUGUGAGAGCCUGCUCGCUUCAUCUGCACCGUCCUGCGGCAGCUGUGUGUGUCCGGUGUCCGUGAAGCCUCGCUGCGGUCAUGGAGUGUCGUGUGUUGUCCAUCCAGAGUCAUGUUGUCAGGGGAUACGUGGGGAACAAGUCGGCGUCAUUCCCGCUGCAGGUGUUGGGCUUUGAGGUGGAUUCCAUCAACUCUGUUCAGUUCUCCAAUCACACAGGCUAUGCCCACUGGAAGGGUCAGGUCCUGACCGCAGAGGAGCUGAACGUGUUGUACGAAGGCAUCAAGCUCAACAAGGUCAACCUCUAUGACUACAUCCUCACAGGGUACAGCCGAGACACCUCCUUCCUGGAGACGGUGGUGGAUAUUAUCCAGGAGCUGAAGAAGAUCAAUCCCAAUUUGGUGUACGUUUGUGACCCUGUCAUGGGGGACCAUGGUGCUAUGUAUGUUCCAGAAAAUCUGCUGCCAGUCUACAAGGACAAAGUAGUGCCUUUGGCCGAUAUCCUCACUCCCAACCAAUUUGAAGCAGAACUGUUAACAGGGAGGAAAAUAACCACAGAGGAAGACGCCAUUGAGGUGAUGGACCUGCUUCAUAAGAUGGGUCCAGAGACUGUGGUCCUCACGAGCACAGACCUGCCCUCCAAACGUGGGGACCAGUUCCUGGUGGCUCUUGGGAGCCAGAAAAUAGCAAAACCAGAUGGGACCAACUCCAAUCAGAAAAUCUGCAUGGACAUCCCCAAAGUCGAUGCAGUGUUUGUGGGAACAGGAGACCUGUUUGCUGCCAUGAUGCUCGCCUGGACUCACCAUCACCCCAAGGACCUGAAGAUGGCCUGUGAAAAGACCCUUUCAGUCAUGCACCACGUCAUUAAGAGGACCAUCAAGUAUGCCAAUGAGAAGGCUGGCCCUGGGAAAAGGCCGAGCCCCGCACAGCUGGAGCUCAGGAUGGUUCAGAGCAAGGCUGACAUCGAGAAUCCCGCCAUCGUAGUGGAAGCCAAGGUUCUACACAAGUCUUCUCACUGAGGGCGGCUGCGGCACAAAUCUGCUCGAGAUGUGGGCGUCCUGCCAGACACGGGGAAGGGUUUUCACAUCGGAAGACUGCCUUACAGAAAAAAAAAAAAAAAAUCCAUGAGGGACACCGUAUUUCCAUGAGCCGUCAAGCGGGAUCCGUUGUGUGUUCACACUGCUCACAAACAUACUGGAAUCACUGCCAUAUGUGUGUAUGUGUGUACUAUGGCCUGUGUAGACAUCAUCUGUUCUUGAUUUAGAACAAAAAUGGACACAAAUCUCCUUUACUUAGGUUUGAGGAUAGUGAAACUGUACUUGAAUACUUUUUAACAUAGUGGAAAUAACGUCUCCCUACACAAAACUCUUUCCAGUUAUCCUAAAUAGAAAAUACAAAAAAAGCCAGUGAUGUGUGCAUGACCACGCCUUUUAUUUGUUUUAACCGCAGUAAGUCGGGACUAGUCUAAAGGACCUCUAGUGUGUUGCUCCCAACGCAUUAUAAGCACAGUGAAAUUUGUCUUGUGAAAUGCUGGAUCAAGCCCGAAUACAUUUUAACGUGUGUUUUUUUUUUUUUUUUCGUAAAAAAGAAUAAUUCCAAAAAAUGACAUAAAUGCAUACAAGUGUGCUUAAAAUGCACCUGAGUGUAGAAGCAGUGAGGGUGUUAAUAACAUACACACUUGGAUUGGGUACAUUUUUAAUUCUGACAUCGUUCUCUCAUAGCUCUUAAAGUUUUACUCAUAUAUUCCACCUAAUGUUGGUUUCACAAUCCCUUUUUUUUCCUCUCUUAGUUUGAUUUUAGACACAUUGUAACAAGGGUGUUAAUUGUAAUAAUACAUGAUGUCAAAAUUGUUAUUUUGAUAAAAUUUGGGGAAAGUUUUUUAAUUAUGCAACACUUUGUUGAGCUAAUGAGUGUGUAACAUGUUAGAUCCACGUCUUAAGCAUCUCAAAUUGAGGUAUUUGCACAGAUAAUCUAUAAUAUAUUCACUGAUGUAUUCAUUCUCCACUGUGCUGUCAUAUCUCAAAGAGAGCAUGGAGAUGAGCGGCCGCGCUGUAUGAUAGUAGCCUUAACACGGUUAGGAAGAUGAGUUGGUCUCUGAAUGUUUUUAUUCAUUAAAAACCGAUCCUCACACAUGGUGUUAGAAAGUGCCAAAACUUGUUCUCAUAUGGAGCAAUAUAUGAACAUGAAAUAAUAAAAAGGAUCUUUUCUGAAA